AUGAAGCUGAGAGCCAGGUCAACGUGGCAGGUCACCCUCUUGAUUGCCGUGGUGAUGUUCUGCUGGUGCCCAGUGUCCGCUGGCAACCGUAACCUACGGGGACAGACAGCCUCAUACCAGGUGAAACAGGGUACUUGUGAGGUGGUGGCUAUUCAUCGUUGCUGUAAUAAGAAUAAAAUUGAGGAACGCUCUCAAACUGUCAAGUGCUCCUGCUUCCCAGGUCAGGUCGCCGGGACAACCCGCGCCCAGCCAUCCUGUGUGGAAGCCUCCAUUGUACUGCAGAAAUGGUGGUGUCAGAUGCACCCCUGCCUGGACGGAGAGGAGUGUAAAGUGCUUCCCGACCUAACUGGUUGGUCCUGUAGCACUGGGAACAAAGUCAAAACCACCAAGGUCACACGAUAG